CACUUCCUGCCUGCCUUCACUUCGCAUUUGACGUGGACGGCUUCCCGCUCCCAAGUAGGGGGCGGCCCCCCUCACCUCGGCCCACCCUUCAUCCGGCGCACCCCCUUGCUGGGUGGAGUGGCACGAGGGGUCAGGGCUAAUUCCCUCCCUCCUCAGUCCCCCUUUGCGUUCCUGCGGCUCCGCGGCCUGUCUCCGAUUUCAUCUCGCUGUGCUCCUGCUCCUCUGGCCGUGGUUUCUCUUACGGAGCUAUUCUCCCCAUCUCAGAAGUACCAGCUUUUGGUGUAUCAUGCAGAUUCUCUCUUUCAUGAUAAGGAGUACCGUAAUGCUGUGAGUAAGUACACCAUGGCUUUACAGCAGAAAAAAGCCCUCAGUAAAACUUCUAAAGUGAGACCUUCAACAGGAAAUUCUGCAUCUACUCCACAGAGCCAGUGUCUUCCAUCUGAAAUUGAAGUGAAAUACAAAAUGGCAGAGUGUUAUACAAUGCUGAAACAAGAUAAGGAUGCCAUUGCUACACUUGAUGGGAUCCCUUCAAGACAAAGAACUCCCAAAAUAAACAUGAUGUUGGCAAACCUGUACAAGAAGGCUGGCCAAGAGCGCCCUUCCGUCACCAGCUAUAAGGAAGUCCUGCGGCAGUGCCCCUUAGCCCUGGAUGCCAUUCUAGGUUUGUUAUCCCUUUCUGUAAAAGGGGCAGAGGUGGCAUCAAUGACGAUGAAUGUGAUCCAGACUGUGCCUAACCUGGACUGGCUCUCUGUGUGGAUCAAAGCCUAUGCCUUUGUGCACACUGGUGACAACUCGAGAGCAAUCAAUACCAUCUGUUCACUAGAGAAAAAGUCCUUAUUACGAGAUAAUGUCGACCUGCUGGGAAGCUUAGCAGACUUGUACUUCAGAGCUGGAGAUAAUAAAAACUCUGUCCUCAAGUUUGAGCAGGCACAGAUGUUGGACCCCUAUCUGAUAAAGGGAAUGGAUGUAUAUGGUUAUCUUCUGGCACGAGAGGGGCGUCUAGAAGAUGUGGAAAACCUUGGCUGCCGCCUUUUUAAUAUUUCUGAUCAGCAUGCAGAGCCCUGGGUGGUUUCUGGGUGCCAUAGUUUCUAUAGCAAACGCUACUCUCGGGCCCUCUACUUAGGAGCCAAGGCCAUUCAGCUGAACAGUAAUAGUGUUCAGGCUUUACUGCUUAAAGGAGCAGCCCUCAGGAACAUGGGCAGAGUCCAAGAAGCAAUAAUCCAUUUUCGAGAGGCCAUAAGGCUGUCCCCAUGUCGCUUAGACUGUUAUGAAGGUCUCAUUGAAUGUUACUUAGCCUCUAACAGUAUUCGAGAAGCAAUGGUAAUGGCCAACAAUGUUUACAAAACUCUAGGUGCAAAUGCACAGACUCUUACCCUGCUAGCCACUGUUUGUCUGGAAGAUCCAGUGACACAGGAGAAAGCCAAAACUCUGUUAGAUAAAGCCCUGACCCAAAGGCCAGAUUACAUCAAGGCUGUGGUGAAGAAAGCAGAACUACUUAGCAGAGAACAGAAAUACGAAGACGGAAUUGCUUUGCUGAGGAACGCCCUGGCUAAUCAGAGUGACUGUGUCCUGCAUCGGAUCCUAGGAGAUUUCCUGGUUGCUGUCAAUGAGUAUCAGGAAGCAAUGGACCAGUAUAGUAUAGCACUAAGUUUGGACCCCAAUGACCAGAAGUCUCUAGAAGGGAUGCAGAAGAUGGAAAAGGAAGAGAGUCCCACGGAUGCCACUCAGGAGGAGGAUGUGGACGACAUGGAAGGGAGUGGGGAAGAAGGGGACCUGGAGGGCAGCGACAGUGAGGCAGCCCAGUGGGCUGACCAAGAGCAGUGGUUUGGCAUGCAGUGAGGGGCACUGCCUACUUCUCGCCCUUCCUGGACUGAAAGCUGCUCUCAGGACUCCUGUGCUCACAACAGGGCUCCCUGCAUCUUGGACUUCACUUGAGCUCGGCCAGCCUCCCGUGUCUGUCUUCCCCUGCUCCAUCAGGGGAGACCAGGGCUCACUCGGAGCGUGCAGACUGACUGGCUCUCACGCAGCUUGUUUCUGAUGUACCUGGUUGCUAAAUCCAAAGUAUGGAGGAGUUUCUUUCCCAUGUGUGCGGGUCUGAAGGAGUGACCUGCCCUCCCAGAGCAAGGAUGCAGUGCAGUGACUGGCCCCAUGAAGAGCUUUCAAGGUCCUGGAAGUCGUCAUCCUGGACCAUCACACUCCCCAGUAACGUGCCUCUGCAGUGCAGUACCACUUCAUGCCUGCAUGCUACUGGUUUGCUGCACUGUUUCCCAGUUUUCUGAGCUGUCCCUGGGGUCAGCCGGAGACAAUCUGAGGUGCGAGCGUGGUGCAGACAUAACCAAGGAGCACAGGACAUUCGCUAAUAAAACUUUGUACAGCAUGGAA